AUGGCCUACGAGAGGGACCGGGUGCCAGUUGUUGAGGCUCGACUGGAGAUAAAUGCCGGCGUGCAGGGUACGCAUUACAAUGACGGUCGUCCAUUCUUUGCUGUAGUGCCCAGGGUAAUUCUUCCAUUGAGUGUAGAGGAGAGUACAAGGCAAAGGGAGCUACUUCAAUAUUCAAGUGUGGUGGAAAGCAGAAAAUGGAAGCCAAGCUUGGAGCAAAAGCAGAUAUUAGAGUCUAUGUGGGCUUCUGGAACAAGAAAACCACCGUGUGAAGCCCAGAUAGAUGAAAUUACCUCUCAUCUACACAGCUUUAUGGGAAAGCGGAAGCCAAAAAUGUAUAUUAUUGGUUUCGCAAUGAAGGUACUCGAGAGAAACGCAGAAAACAACAAUCAGAAGCCAUAUGAAUGUGAUCUUCUUACUGAUAUACUUUUAUAUAUUGUUACAGAAGUUAUAUACAGAAGUUAUAUACAAGAUUCUGAUUGCUCUGCACAAUCAAACCAGUUGGAAAACAGGGUUAAUGUAGAGGGAGAAGAAGAAGAAGCGCAGAGAACUUUGGAACUUUUUCCUCUGCAUCCUGAUAGAGGCCGUUUAUUAUAG